AUGGAAGGGGUCGACAGAUAUCUGAAACGACCCGGGCGAGUUGCAAAAAAGCGAGUGUGGGCUAUUGAAGCUGUAAGGGAGCGAGCGACAGCCUACUUGAGGCAGAUGGAUGUCCGGGCAACGGUCGAAAUCAAAGAAACGGAGAAGGCGGCGGAGGGAAGCAAGCGCGACCGUGGGAGAUGCAAGGGGACGGGGCAAAUUGGCUGGAUCCCGGGUCUCAAAGGCGCCGUAUCGGUCGACGAAGACGAAGCAUACAAGGGAAAAAGAAAGGAGUGA